AUGGGGCGGAAGCGGGUGCGGGGCGGCGCCGGGGGCGGCCUGGGUCGGGCCCUCAUCAAGGAGCGUAACCUGCAGAACAGGCUCCAGCGGCGGCGAGACACGUGGCUGCACGCGAAGGAGCUGGACGAUGGGGGCGCCUGGGGCCGCGUGGACCCGCGCUCCGUGACCGAGCCCACGGCCCUCGAGGAGUUCCUGGCCACGGCCGAGCUGGCGGGCACCGAGUUCGUGGCGGAGAAGCUGAACGUCCGCUUCGUGCCCCCCGAGGCCAGGACGGGCCUGUUGCCCCCCGAGGAGCAGCUGCGGCUCCGGGAGCGCCAGGAGGAGAACCGGGGGGCCCUGCGCAUCCCCCGCAGACCCCCAUGGGACGAGGGCACCAGCGCCGAGGGGCUCCAGCAGGCCGAGAGAGAGAACUUCCUGGAGUGGAGGCGCGGGCUGGUGCGGCUGGAAGAGGAGCAGAACCUGAUUUUGACGCCGUUUGAAAGAAACUUGGACUUCUGGCGGCAGCUCUGGAGAGUCAUCGAGAGAAGUGAUGUCGUUGUGCAGAUAGUAGAUGCCCGUAAUCCCCUCCUCUUUCGAUGUGAGGACUUGGAACGUUAUGUGAAAGAAAUCAGCGGAGAUAAGGAAAAUGUGAUUUUGAUCAACAAGGCAGACCUGUUGACUGAGGAGCAGCGAGGAGCGUGGGCCAGAUUCUUUGAGCAAGAAAACGUGAAAGUGAUUUUCUGGUCCGCUCUGGCGGAAGGUGACCGGCUGAGCGCGAGAUCAAAGGAGCAAGAAGCUGAGAGUUCAGAGGAGGCCGAAGAGUGGGAAGAUGAGGCUGAGGAUGAGCAGGGGGGUGGUGAGCGGCUCCCCAGUGAGGACAGUGACAGCGAGUACGAGGAUUGUCUGGAGGAUGAUGACCAGUGGCAGACGUGCUCUGAGGAUGACGGCGGCGGCGGCCACGAAGCAGAGCCCUGCUGCCGGGAGAACGGGGCCGGGGGCAGCCUGGAGCAGGAGCCACGGCCCCUGGCUGGGGAUGCCCGCGUGCAGAAUGACAGCCACCUGGUGGAAAAGGAGGAGCUGCUGGACCUCUUCAGAGCGAUGCAUUCUGGGAAGAAGGUCAAGGAGGGGCAGCUCACUGUGGGGCUGGUCGGCUACCCCAACGUUGGAAAGAGCUCGACGAUCAACACCAUCUUUGGGGACAAGAAGGUGUCUGUGUCGGCCACACCCGGGCACACCAAACACUUCCAGACCCUCUAUGUGGAGCCCGGCCUGUGUCUGUGUGACUGCCCCGGCCUGGUGAUGCCGUCCUUCGUCUCUACCAAGGCUGAGAUGAUCUGCUGUGGGAUUCUGCCCAUCGACCAAAUGAGAGACCACGUGCCCCCCAUUUCUUUCAUUUGCCAGAACAUCCCAAGACGGGUCCUAGAAGCCACCUAUGGGAUUCACAUCAUACGGCCCCGAGAAGAUGAAGACCAAAAUCGGCAGCCCACCUCCGAAGAGCUGCUGACGGCUUACGGAAGUAUGAGAGGGUUUAUGACUGCCCACGGACAGCCUGACCAGCCCCGAGCUGCCCGGUACAUCCUGAAGGACUACGUCAGGGGUAAGCUGCUGUAUUGCCACCCUCCUCCUGGUAUCGAGGCUAGGGACUUUCAGCCGCAGCAUGAGAAACUGAGGCACGGCGGAGGGAAGCCAGAGGCGCAGCCGCCACGGCAGAGCUGCCACAAGGCCAAGCAGAUUGAGAAUGUGGUCGACCGAGCAUUUUUUCACCAGGAGAACGUGAGGGCACUGACCAGGGGCGUGCAGGCCGUGAUGGGCCACAGGCCGGGCUGGGCCCCGGGACCUCCUGCUGCCGGCCACAGUGGAGUCCCUGGGAAGCCCUGGAAGAAACACGGCAACCGGAACAAAAAGGAGAAAGUCCGCAGGGUCACCAGGCACUUGGACGCGUGACCUCGAGCCUGACCCGGCUGCCAGAAGGAGUGACGGACCGAGGCUGUCCCCGUGCUCUCCCUCCUGGCCCGCGGGGCGAGGGGGCGCUGACCUCCAGGGCCCAGAUGAGCGGUCUGCGCCAGUGACCCUGCGAUGAGGGGCGGGGGCAAGUGGAUGGAUGAUGAGGGUGGGUGAGAUGGAUAGCUGUGCACACGCAGGCACAUUCUCUACCUCUGGGAGCCAGAGGAAUGGUUUUGGAAACCUGUAUUGAAACAGGGCCGGGGCAGGUCCAGGUUAAGGGCUUGCCAAGGUCCCAGGGCCACGUCCACACUCCCCACUCGGCAGUGGCAUCGAAGAGCUCUAAGCUUGGGGAUCCCUCUGCCCCCAUCGUGCAGCCUGAGCCCUGAGGGAGGACGGUCGCUCGUGGAGAGGCCUCUCAGUUUGGCCAGCGGUCGGCCCUGGAAGCAUCCUGCGAUAAAGUCUGAUCCUUUUGGGCAGAGUUCCCAGCAGAAGCAGGACUGGAUCUCGGGUCCGAUGCAGCCAUUGUGCCCGGGGCUCCACCUCUGCCCAGCACAGCCUGUCGCCCCCAUCCCUCCCGGGCUCUGUCUUCCUCACUGGGGUCCAGAGGGCCCAGGAAGGGACAGGUGACAUGAUAUCGAUGGUGGCCAGCUUCCUGAGUUGUGUUUCUUCGUCUGUAAAGUGAUUCUGCAGCCCAGUCGCCCCUUCUCGGUCUCCUUUGUGGCCGUAGCGUCCAUCUCCUCCCACCCCAUCCCCGCCCCCAGCUCUGGCUCCUCUGCAUGGUGGCAGAAGUGUAUACCAUCCUCCCUCUCUGCCCGGGGGCAUCUCGGGCUGAACCCGGGGCACCAGCCUCCUGCCACCUUAGGCUCCUGACCCAUUCCCCCCCCCAGCACCUCUCACACCUUUCCCCUUCUGAUUCUGACCUUCCUCAGUUACCGGAGACUCUCUCCCACUCCUUGCCCUCACCUCUGCCUCCUCCGAGGCUCAGGCAGGGAGCUGCCUGCCAUGUGGGCCUUUUCUGACCUGCUCUUUGGGCCUGUGGACAGUGCCUUCCCGAGGACCAGGACUGCCUUGGCCAUCUCUACCCCUGGUGCCUUGCCCCAUGGUAGGCCUUACCUAAUCAAUUCUCAAUAAAGCACACGCUAUGCCUUCUA